ACCUUUAUUUUAAAGAGUGUCCAGGUCCUGACUGCAGUGUCUGGGUUCACCAGUCGUUCCUGGGUCCGCGCUGUUGAAGUAGUAACUUGAGAAGGAAUUUGAAUCUCAUAUCUGGCUGAAGUGUGUGUGGAAGCCAUGUCCUCUGACACUCUGAAAAAGCGCAAGGCAAAAGUGAUCCGGAGUGAUGGUGGGACUCCCGAGACCAAACGUGGUCGGGCGGAAGGGGAACAGGAUGUGCGUGUGUAUAACGAGGAGGUGGAAUUGGAGGGCAGAGACCCUGAACAGGAUUACGUCCUCUAUAAAAGCACCUGUGAAGCUCUGGCUAAACUGAUGGCUGAAAUCCAAGAGCUUAAAGCCAAUGGAGCCAAAGAAGGGAGUGCGGAAGUCGAGGAGAGACGCAGGCAAGGCUGUGUUCAUUUCAUUACCCUAAAGAAGCUGAAUCGCCUGGCGCACAUGAGACUGAAGAAAGGGCGGGAUCAGACACAUGAGGCGAAGCAGAGAGUGGAUGUGUUACACCUACAGCUUCAGAAUCUUCUCUAUGAAGUCAUGCACCUUCAGAAAGAAAUUGGCAAAUGCCUUGAGUUCAAGUCCCAGCAUGAGGAAAUUGAGUUGGUCGGUGUGGAUGAGUUUCUUAAGGAGGCUCCAGCUGAAAUCUCUCGCCCUCAUCUCACCAAAGAAGAUCCCCACCAACUCACACUGGCCCGCCUUGACUGGGAACUGGAGCAGAGAAAAAGGUUGGCUGAGCAGUAUAAGAGCUCACUGUGCAGUAAGGAGAAAAUUCUGAAAGGAAUUGAGCUGAAGAAAGAGUAUCUCGGCAGCCUUCAGCCAGGCCUCCAGGCCAUCAUGCAGGCCUCUCUGCCCGUGCAGGAGUAUUUGUCCAUGCCGUUUGAGCGUGUGCAGAAACAGGCUGAGGUUGCACGUCACCUUCCUCCCCCUCUCUAUGUGCUGUUUGUGCAGGCCAAUGCUUAUGGACAGGCUUUUGACAAGAAUCUGACUGUGUCUAUCAGUGGAGAUGUGGAUGAAGCUAAGGCCCUCUCAAGACCACCUGAAGAUUCACAAGAUGAUGAGAGUGAUUCAGAUGCAGAGGAGGAACAACAGAACACUAAACGACGACGAGCUACAGUUGGUGUUCAGCUGGAUGAUAAGCGUAAAGAGAUGCUGAAACGACAUCCUCUCUCUCUGUGCAUCGACCUCAAGUGCAAAGAUGGCAGCGUGUUGCAUUUGUUCUUUUAUUACUUGAUGAACCUCAACAUUCUGACUGUGAAAGCUAAAGUGUCUACCUCUGCUGACCUCUCGGGGGCUAUCAGCGCUGGGGAGCUGCUGAACUCCGAGUCACUGUUGAACUGCUUGUACGCCUCUGAUCAUGGUCAAGAAACCCCCAACCCUGGAAACCGCUACCAGUUUGACAAAGUGGGCAUUACAACUUUUGCAGAUUAUGUGUCUGAACUUGGACAUCCAUACAAUUGGGUGCAGAGUCUCGGAGGGCUACAGUUUUUCGGUGACACCCCACAGACUGAUGGGGCACAGAGCUCUCUCAGUGCCAGUCAUAUGGAAGCCACCAUGAAGUUGCUGAGGGGACGUCUACAGUCUCGCUUGGCCUUACACAAACAGUUCAGCUCUCUGGAGCACAGCAUAGUUCCAGUCUCCAGUGAGUGCCAGCAUCUCUUCCCUGCUAAAGUGGUGUCUCGCCUGGCCCGCUGGACCAUGAUGAGCUAUCAGGAGUUCACGGAGCUCAGCUUUGUGCAACAUGUGGUAAAGGCAGGCCUGAUGAAGGAGACUGACCUGUUCUUCAUGGCAAUUGUGGAGAGAGGAACGGCUCGUCUGCAGGCUGCAGUGGUGUUAAACCCUCGGUAUCCAGAAAUCACCCCCCUCUUCUCUCUGUCACUGCUCUGGAAAGGCGAGCGCAGUGGUCGUACGGAUGAUAACCUGCGGGCGAUGGAGAGUGAGGUGAAUGUGUUCAAGUCUGAGCUCCAGGGGCCUCGUCCUGGCCUGCAGCUCCUGACCAAUCAAAUCCAGCGUCUGUGCAUGUGUCUGGAUGUGUAUCUGGAGACUGAAAGCCAAGUGUCCGAUGGCUCUGAAGGUCCAAGAGAAUUCCCAAGGGAGAAGAUGUGCUUACGCACUGCAAGGGGCCCAAAUCGUCUAAAGCCUUUUAAGUACAAUCACCCUCAGGGCUUUUUCAGUCAUCGUUGAACAUGCAAAGCUCCUCUUAUAACCCCUUGUCUCCCUGCUUUCUUUUUCCCUUCUUUUUUUUUUAAAUAUUUUUUGAAGUGUUUGAGUACACAUCAUUGUGUUUCAUUGUAUAGAAUAGGAAAUAAAA